UAUAACAAAAAGUGUUUCUGAAGUGAAUUACCUACCCCACCUUUAAUGGGACAGUUUCAUGACACAACAUCAUUUGCAGGGAGAUCCACAUUGAUUGAGAGCUCCAUAUGCAGUUUCCAAAACACAAAGUACAAGUCAUAACAAUUGAGAAAAAGGAGGUACUAUUUUUAUUGCACAGGGGCUUUAAUGGUGUUUUAGGCGUUCUGUCUUGUUUGGUCCAGCCUCAUCCGUCAACAUUUAACAUUCACCUCUCCAGAGAUGAGUGAUGUGAACAGUCCACCUGCCGGUCGGACUCUAAAGAAAGUAAGUGAUGCCUGACCACACAAACAUGUACUGGAAGUCACCCUGCUUUAAUUAUCCUAUUCUAUGUGCUGUCUCCUGUUGACAGGCCUAUGUGGACUGUAAGCACGUACACCACCUCUCUCAUUCAACUCCUGUCCUACAGCUGCUGUUAUUAGAGGAUCGGACAGAUCAGAUAACAAAAGGUAUAGGCUAUAUAAGAGAAGCACUCUGAAGCUCGGGAGGCUGAGUGACGGAAAAACUCAGAAGAAAUUGUCUUUAUUUUACCUUUCUACGUUUUCUCAAACAAACCUCAAUGUGUAAGGGACUUUCCUCCCUGCCCUCCUCAUGCCUGGAGAGGGCAAAAGACUUGCGGGUGAAGUUAAGCCAUCUGACUGAGACGCACCACAAGCUAAAGGGUCAGGAUGGAAGAGUUCCCCUUGACCUGGAGACUCUGCUGAAAAACAGAAGCGCUCUGCUGGCGUUUCGUGGGUUCCUGCGCUCAGAGUUCAGUGACGAGAACCUGGAGUUCUGGCUGGCCUGUCAGGAGUACAGAGUUUCUCCUUCUAACGUGCAGAAGAUAAAGUCCAGCAGCAUCUACAACCAGUUUAUCAACCCUGACGCCCCACAAGAGGUAAACUUGGACGCUGAGACUCGGGAGGCUCUGCUUGGAGUGACGGACUCUCCGUGUGCUGACACAUUCGAUGAUGCACAGCAGAGAAUCUACAAUCUGAUGGCGAAAGACUCCUUCCCCAGGUUCCUGCGCUCCAAUCACUCCAUUAAAGCUUACUAGACUUGCACUGUACUUACUACAGACCUGCUUUAGAAAUAAGUGCUGGUGAAUCUGUGCUGUUUAAUUGGGUUUUACUAACCCUUUUCACAACUACCUUGUUAUGAGAUUGUUUUUCAUAUGGUAGUGCUGUCCUUGUGCACCAAAUGCAUAAUGCCUUCUGUCAUUGGUAUGUUUCUGAAUGGUAGUUGUAAAGCAUAGAAACCUUAACUAAAAGCAUACAUAUAGCUAGCUGUAAUGAGUUAGAAGCGACAUCCAUAAUGGAUUCAAAUAAAUAAAAACUCAUAAAAGACAGCUCACGUUGUGGUACUUAAUGAAGAUUAGUGUGUUUUUAUACAUAUUGUAUGUAAGCGCUAUUUCCUCAAGAAGCUUACCAAUUGUGUUCUGGAACGGGUUGCUUGAGAGCGAGUGUUGACAUGGAAACCUUUCAAACAGCGUUCAGUCUUAUCACUGGCUGGUUAGCUGUCACAGUGCUGGUCUGUUGAUACAGCACUUGAGAAACCUCAAGCCCAUUCCUUAGGUGUUGCUGUUUAUUCAAGACAACCCAAAGCGAAACAAGGGUACAAUG